GAGAAGAAUACAAGAGAGAGAAAAAAGAGAAGCUGCUGGGGCCCAAGCCAGAAGUUAAUUAACAAAACCAAUCGGACUUUUUUUUUUCUCAUCUGUAGAGGUGCCUCACCAACCUUCAAAAUUUCGCCCAAAAGCAGACAGGAGGAUCGGCCGGUGCUGACGCGACUCGUCGGCAGGAAGCGGCUGAUCGCGGCUGGGGCGCUUGGUGUGGUCAUGGUCCUGGUGCUGGUGAUCCUGAUCCCGGUUUUGGUGAGCUCUGCCGGGACAUCCGCCGCGCACUACGAGAUGCUCGGCACCUGCAGGAUGGUUUGCGAUUCUUACGGUACUAAAUCCCCGACCAGCACGGUCUCCGCAGACCCUGUCCGGGACAGCAACCUUAUGCAGUCUUUACCAACUUUUAUACAAGGUCCGAAAGGUGAACCGGGACGCCCGGGGAAAGUGGGGCCGAGGGGCCCUCCCGGUGAACCCGGACCCCCUGGACCUCCCGGAGAGAAGGGGGAACCGGGACGACCUGGAUUACCCGGGCAGCCGGGACCACCCGGGCAGCCGGGACCAAACAUGGCAACGGGUGCCAUCAGCGCGGCCACCUACAGCACUGUGCCCAAAAUCGCCUUUUACGCAGGGCUCAAAAAGCAGCACGAGGGCUACGAGCUGUUGAAGUUUGACGACGUGGUCACGAAUCUCGGGAAUCAUUACGACCCGACCACGGGCAAAUUUACCUGCUCCAUACCGGGAAUAUACUUCUUUACGUACCAUGUGCUCAUGCGAGGAGGAGACGGAACCAGCAUGUGGGCUGAUCUGUGCAAGAACAACCAGGUCCGUGCCAGCGCCAUCGCCCAGGACGCAGAUCAAAACUACGACUAUGCCAGCAACAGCGCUGUUCUUCAUCUGGAGCCCGGAGACGAAGUCUACAUCAAACUAGACGGGGGUAAAGCCCACGGGGGCAACAACAACAAGUACAGCACCUUCUCUGGUUUUAUUAUAUACGCCGAUUAGGACAUAUGCACCUACUCCAGACGGUCUAUCUCGUCCCCCUCUGCUAUUCCUCUUCCUUUCUUUCUUUUUUUUGCAUAAUUUUCCUUUGGGCCCAGGGCAAGCACACAGACCUGCUCAAACACCCCUCAUCAUUAGUCUGUAGAUGUGGGCUUGAAGGCAGAACUCUUUGCCCUGCAAUCCAAAAAUCAAGAAAGAACCAAAAAAAAAAAAGGCCCGGAGAAAGAAGCACUUCACAGAGGAAAGAUGUACAGAGGAAACGAAGCUACCGAGGAGUUUACUGUGUCUUUCUAUGUCUGUGGCCAUCAAAGAAGCCUGUGAGAUGUUUUCUAAUAUGUAACCUGACAUAAUCAGCUAUAUGUGCAAUAACGUAAACUACGAUGUUUGUUAUUCAAAAACCAUCUCGGUCAUACCUCACUAGUCAGAUGCCUGAAUGAGUUGCGUAUCAUGAAGCAUUAGCCCAAAUUUCAUCAUCAUCCAUUAGAUGUCCAGUGUAACCUGACCAAAAUGAUCCUCUUGUGUUCCUCUUGCAUAAUAUAUAUCUGCUAAAUCGCUGCAGGUAUUUAUUCCCUGACUGUUCUUGAGUGCUAAUUAUGAAUUAGGGACAUAAAACAAAACAAUAUACCUUGGUGGUAAUGUCUUGCAGUGAAAUAAUAUUCCAGAAUCGCUAAAGCUUUCAGCAUUUUACUUUUUGUCUGCAGUGUCAGGGUGUCAAAAGCCCUUUAUUUUCGGUGUGUAAUGUUAGCCGGCAUCUUUUAUUGCACACAGACGUACUAGACCGAGAAGGAAUAUGUUUCUUGUGAUAUUUAGAGCACUAUGCAGAGUAUGGGUGUUAAUAUGUAAAUGUGUAUCUAUCUUCAGAGAAUUCCAGAAUGUGAUUAAUAAUAUUGCUUCUUAUUUUUAGUGUAAAUAUGUUAAUGGAUUUCUUUUUUGUUUGUUUCAUGAAUGAGCAUCAGGUGAGCGUUAUGUAUCUGUGUCACUCUCAUCUCCAGGUUGGGAUGGCAGGGAAUGUGUGUGAUGAAUUAUUAUCCAAGGAUUAUUUUUCUUUUCCUGUCCUGCUCCUGUAAUUCUCAUCU